AGUUGGCAAUUUCGAUCAUUUCCAAAAUUUAGAAAAAUUAUGGCGGGCCUUUUUCCUUUCAAAAAACAACUUGGACGUAAAUCUCGGGAUUUCGUAUCCCGUCUCAAACCACCAAUAUAGUCGUAUUAUUUUGAUCCAUUUAUAACCUUCCAUCUCCACCAAAACCCUUCUACACUACGAACGAGUCUGCCGCCGCCAACCACCGGUUCGAACCUAUCUCGCCAGUUUGUUUCCCAGGUGGUUCGUCUCGUUUGAGCCGAGUCUAAACCGUUGAGCGCCACCAUCGCGAUUGAUCGAGCAUCCGCCACCAUUGUCGCGUUCUUUUAGUCGUCUCCGUUCAUACCAGUGACAUAACGAUAAUUCCGAGCCACCGUUGCAUACCCAUCGACGCCAUCUAAAGGUCUUCGUUGAACCUACCUCACCGCACCGGCCGUCUAUUUUUUCGACAUAAGGGUUUCGUGACGUUUGAUCCAAGCUUAGGAUUUACUACGGUCAUCGUUAAUUGCUUAAGAUGCCUCCUCGUCGUGAGACACGCAACUCUGGUCGUCGUAAUGGUGGUGGACCAAAUGAGCCUGAUCCAAAUAUCGUAGCUGCUAUCACUCAGGCCUUUACUGCUAUGUUGCCUGCACUUGUUCAGGCCGUACGCGGUCCUGAUCCAAAUCCGAACCCUAAUCCAAACCCAAACCCAAACCCAAACGGUGUAAUUGGGGAUUGGCUAGAUAAGUUCAUAAAACAGAAACCGAGAUCCUUCACAAAGGCAACCACUCCAAUUGUAGCAAGGGACUGGAUUGCUCAUAUCGAGAAAAUAUUUCGGGCGUUAGGAGUUGGUGAUGAAUUUAAAUCAAGGUUAGCAUCGUAUAAACUCGAAGAAGAUGCGCAAACUUGGUGGGAAGGUGUAUUGGAGGAAAGAGGAGGAGACCCAUUUGUGGAGAAUUUACCUUGGGCAGAUUUCCGUGCUAUUUUCUUCGAGAAAUAUUUUAACAGCGUGGAUAAGAGUUCAUACACACGAGAGUAUCACAAUAUCCGCCAGAGGAAUGACGAGCCACUUUCUGACUUCACUGAUCGAUUUUAUCGACUAGUUGGAUUUCUUGGGUCAGCUGCUGGAACACCAGAGGAACAAGCAGAGAAAUAUCAAUGGGCAGUUUGUGAUCGGAUUCGUAGAGCAAUCAUCCAGUCAACGUUCCCCACUGUUGCAGAGGCCGCUAAGGCUGCCAAAAAGGUUGAUAUGGAGAACAAAGAAUUUUUGGGUGGUUCCAGUAAUAGUAGGAAGAGAAACAGAGACGAAUACCGCACUCCGUUCACUAGUGAGUCGCCUCAAGCACCUACUCGAAAUAAUCAAAACAAUAUGGGGAAUAGGUCAUCGGGAAGGAAUAAUAGACCAUGGCAGGGAAGGAGCCAAAAUCAGGGUCAGACCAAACCCUACCAGCCACCAACCCAAGCUCAACCGGUAAACCAGAAAGGUAACCAGAACCCUACCCAGCAUCCAGUGUGUAACCAUUGCAACAAGCGUCACCCAGGCAUCUGUCGUCGACUUACUAGGGCUUGCCUUAAGUGUGGAGAUAUGGGGCAUAAGAUUAAUGAAUGCCCAAAGGCUGGUAACCGACCAACUGAUACCACUAGGGGAGCUACUGUGCCACCUACUACGGGAGGGCAUGUUUUCUCAUUGACUGCAGGGGAAGCUGCUAAUGCUCCAGGUACUCAGGGAAAUCGGGGAAAUUUGUGAAGAGUGAUAAUAAAAAGCUAGAGUUGGAACAAGGAGUUUAAUAAAACCUUAUAUUCAAUAAAUUUAGACACUUAUGUUUUUCUGUUGAGACCGUUAUGCCAUUUUGGGGAUUUUUGUUUUUAAACCUAUGGAAUUUAUGUUUUAAUUAAGUUAUUAUUUGUC